AUGGGCACACCAAAACCAAUCUACCCGCUCAAGGAGCACUGUUCAAUCAUCUACGAAGAGACGCUUUACGUAUACUCGCCAGCUGGAUUCCAAUCACUAAAACUUGAAGAAGGCGCUAAAUGGCAGGCCCUACCCAUGGAUGUAUCGCUUACAGGAGGACGAUGUGUAAAGGCAGUACCCAAUGGCAACACUCAGGACGCCAAGCUGUUCAUUGUUGGAGGAAGAGUUAAUGCAACAGCCUCCGAUUGGAACUACCCUGGCUUGAUGCACUACACAUUUUCCACGAAGAAGUGGGACUGGCAACGCUCAGAGAGCUGGAACACGCAGGAGCGAAUCAACCAUGGCGCCGCAUACCUUCAGGACUCGCAAAAGAUUCUCGUCUACUCUGGAUCGCAGGCCGACGGCGGUGGCCCGUCCGCCGAAACUUUUCUGAUUUCUACCGUCGCUCCCUACUCUGUCGCGGGUCUGCCAUCGGCUGGUGCGCCGCUCACUGUGAAUCCCAUGUUGAUGGAGUCGAAUGCGAACACUGUUUUGCUGGUGGGUGGAGGUGCAUCAAACACAGCCGUCUGGAAGUUUACAGAAGCAUCUGGAUGGCAGGAUCUUGGUGUCGCUUUGCAACAGCCUAUCACCAACGAAGACGCUGUCAAAUGCUCGAUAAUCUCCAACAAGGAAGGAGGAGUCGCCUUGCAGAAGUUCGAUAUGAGCGUUUCCCCAAACACCGUUGAACGAAUACUACUAUUGAACAAGGACGGAUCGCCUGCAGCCCCGGGAACUCGAGUUGGAGGCAAGACGGGAGGCAAGACGAAACGUGUGACCUUGAACAGCUGGUCGCCAUACAACGAAACACUCGCACCUACGACGACACGAUCAAGUUACUCCUUAGCACAAGGCAAUGAUGGUACUGUUGUUGCAAGCGGGGGUAACGAUCAGGAACCGAUCGCUCUGUUCAAUGCCCAGCAAAACUCUUGGAUGAACGCGUCAGCGGUAUUUGAGGGGCAACAGGUGCUCGUAAAUUCCGUUUCCUCUUCAAGCGUGUCAACAACCGCAACUGCAACGGCAUCUGCAUCCGUAUCUGCCUCUGCCUCUGCCAGCCCCACCAGCACAGAAGCUGCCGCGUCACCGGCAGGACCUCCUGACAACAAGGGACGUAUGCUGACCGUGCUUGGUGCCACACUCGGAACCAUUUUCGGCAUUGCGUUGAUCCUCAUCUUGAUUCUGUUCUGUCUCAAGUACAGGAAGAACAAGAGCAAGAAGAACGCCUAUGUCGAGAAGAAUGACCGCAUGAGCUUUGCUGAUCGAGGAGCUGCUUUUAUGAAGGAAGCUGGUGGAUCUGUAGCCAGUUAUCCAAAGAACAACGAGUCUACCACAUCACUCGCCAUCAUUCAAGGUCGAGGUGGUGGUCACAAGAAGAACAUGGCAAGCGAUGCUAGCACAGCUGGUCUUGUCAAGAAGACCAGCCCUCUUGGUUACUCUGAGCAAUACUCUGAGCCUUACGAGCUUGCCAAGUUUGACCUGAAGCCAGAGCCUGUCGAGCCUAUGGUUAGGCAAAACUCGAGCCGAACAGCCCAGCCUGCACCAAGAGCUCGCAGCUCAGGCUGGAGUCGUUACUUUGCGAACAAUGAGGCCACGAAUCUCGCUAGUGCUCCUCCUGCUGAUAGGUCUACAUUCGCGUCAGACAGGACAAGCACGGCCAGUCAGUCACAGUACACAAGCUCAAACAUGCACAGCUUGCGCCCAUCCCAACACAUUGCACCGCUGGAGAUUCCCAAGUUCAGUGAUGGACAGCGUCUGAGCAGUGUAGCUAGUGGAAGCCCAACCCUUGGUACACCCACAUCCGUCCUGCCUCAUCAGAUGCAGCCUAUGCAAGCAGAACUUGCCCGUGCCAAUUCCAAUGCUAGCUCGAUAUCCGCUUUCAGCCAUCACGACGCUCACCAGGCUGUAGACAAUUGGACUCCAAUGGGCAAUGGCCGACGAAGCAGCAGCAACUACACUGGCAGUGUGGCGAUUGACCAUGGAAAAUUCGACGGUACCAGCUCAUACUAUCCCGACGGAACUGACUCGUUCUACCCCAAGAGCAACUUUAGUUCUUUCUACCCUGGUCAGGGAAAUACCCCGAUGAUUCCUGAUAUCCGCGACAGCACAGCAACAACUUUCCCAUCUGGCGUUGCCCCUCCUGUACCGACGGAGCAAGUGCCACAAAGCAAGUUCAGUUCCAUGUACCCCGCAAACCCGCAACUUGGUCUUCCUCAGGAGCGCGAAAGCGUCGCCACGCUCUUCCCAGGUGGCCCAGGUGGUGCCGCAGCGCAUCAAGACACAGCACUACCGAGUCCCAAGUUCACCUCAUUCUUCGCGACACCACGAGCCGGACAUGAGAGCACAGUCACCAUGUUCCCCGGUCCUGCACACACUGUGGGCGAAGGGAAAAAGGAGCAAUCUGACAUGUCUUGGCUGAAUCUUGGCCAGAGCCGAUAA